AUGGUCCUCGAUGACUCCGCUCAGGAAAGUGCCCUCAAGCAUCUCGUCAAUGGGUCGGUAGACCAUCUACGUUCAAUCUUGAACACUGUACAGACCCCACCCACAUUAUUAUCGAAGUUUAUCGAGGCACAUAAAGACCUCAUCAAAUAUAGGACUCACACUGUAAAGGUUGAUGGACAAACUCUGACUACUAGUGCAGUUGUUGCUGCGGCGCGUCAUUCUGCUUCUGUCAAACUCGAUGACUCUAAAAAGGUCAAGGAGCGCGUCGACAAGAGCCGCCAAGUUGUUGUAGACAAGGUUGCAACUGGUGUUAGUAUCUAUGGAUUAUCCACGGGUUUUGGUGGUAGUGCUGAUACUCGUACUGACCAGCCUCUAAUGCUUGGCCAUGCUUUGUUACAACAUCAACAUAUGGGCAUUACGCCCGUCUCAGGGAACCCGCCAGUUGUGUUGCCUCUUCAAGAUCCCAGCACUUCGACCACCAUGCCCGAAUCAUGGGUGCGAGCUGCUAUACUUAUCAGGAUGAACUCUCUAAUUCGAGGGCAUUCUGGCGUUAGAUGGGAAUUAAUUGAGAAAAUGAACGAGCUCUUGACCGCAGAUGUCAUUCCUGUCAUCCCUUUGAGGGGUAGCAUAUCUGCAUCGGGGGCCGGCACCUUAGUCGGAAAUGCUUCUAUACAAGUGUAUGACGGUCCUAGAGCUUUCGGUCCUCGCCAGAAAGUCCCAUCUUGCGAAGGUCUCAAAAAUCAUUCAAUCGAGCCAAUCGCCCUUGCGUCCAAGGAACAUCUUGGUUUAGUUAAUGGCACCGCCGUUUCGGCCGGCGUGGCAGCACUUGCCAUCGAUGAUGCUAUGCAUCUUGCUCUUCUGGCGCAAGUUUGCACUGCUAUGGGUACAGAGGCUUUGAACGGGACUCGUGGUUCUUAUGCCUCUUUCAUCCACUCAAUUGCACGUCCUCAUCCUGGCCAGGUAGAGUGUGCAAAGAAUAUUUAUGAUCUCCUCCAUGGAAGUAAAUUGGCUACUCUUCACGAGGAAGAAGUCGGCUUGAACGAGGAUCGCUACUCGUUGAGGCAAGAUCGUUACCCUUUGAGAACUUCCCCUCAAUUUCUUGGCCCCCAAAUUGAAGAUAUACUCUCGGCGUUGACUGCAGUCACUCAAGAGUGUAAUUCAACCACUGAUAACCCUCUCGUUGAGAGUGAAACUGGUAUCAUUCACCAUGGUGGGAAUUUCCAGGCCAUGGCUAUCACUAAUGCAAUGGAGAAAACCCGCCUAGCUUUACAUCAUAUAGGAAAGCUUUUAUUCUCCCAAAGCACGGAACUUUGUAACCCUGCUAUGAACAACGGCCUACCACCUUCCCUCGCUGCAACAGACCCCUCACUGAACUACCAUGGAAAGGGUAUCGAUAUCGCCAGUGCAUCUUAUGUUGCCGAGUUGGGUUACCUCGCAGCGCCUGUUUCUACUCACAUUCAAUCCGCCGAAAUGCACAACCAAGCUGUCAACUCUUUGGCUCUGAUCUCUGCUCGUGCAACGAUCACUUCUCUUGAUGUCCUCUCGAUGCUAAUAGCCUCAUACCUUUAUCUUCUUUGCCAAGCUCUGGACUUACGCACCCUUCGUUCCGAACUUCUUCUCGGAAUCAAGGCUAUCUUGGAUGAAGAGCUGACCUCUUCUUUCGGAACAUUUGUCGAGGCGUCUAAAUACGAGCUCCUUUCUUCCCAAUUGUUCGCCAGCAUGGAGCAGACGUUUGACAAAACAACAGUUAUGGACAGCGCAGACCAGAUGCGUGCCAUCUCUUCGUCGACGACGCCUGCAAUCCUUGGGUUCUUUAAUGGUGUCGACCCUGCUUCCUGCCCCUCCCUGAAUGACAUUACUCAAUUCCAAUCCCGUAUUGCUACCAAAGCAAGAAAUCUCCAUCAUGACUUGAGGCAUGAAUUUUUAACAGGCGCUCGCGGCCCCACUCCUGCAAGUGGUCAAUUAGGCAAGACCAAAGGAAUGUACGAAUUCGUAAGAAAGACUUUAGGAAUCAAGAUGCACGGUCUGGAGAACUUUACGCAAUUCCCCAACGCGAUUGGGACCGACGAUGUAUCUAUUGGCCAGAACAUUUCAAAGAUUUAUGAGGCCAUCCGUGACGGUCAGGUGAAGGGUGUGGUUCUUUCAAUGCUUGCUUGA